UCAGUCAACCCGCCACUUUGAUAUUCUUCAUUUUAACUAUAUGAUAAUCCAGAAAAGCAGAAUGCACUGGGAGAAAUCGCCACCUUCAGCACUGGCCAGGUCCAGACCGUACCAAGGGGUUCGAGUCAGAGACCCAGUCAAAGAGCUGCUGAGGAAGAAGAGGAGUCUGGAUCCUCACAGCACCAAGACAGCCCCCCCAACCGCAGAUGUGGUCACACACAACAUCCAGUCAUCCUACACACAAGGCCUGUUUGGUCUUGACGUUGCUGGCAGCUCCCCAGCAGCAACAGCGCCUGCAGUGGGAGAUCUGCAACAGUUUGCAGGAUGGAGAUCUGCCCCACCUGCCCCCAGUGCUGGCCUGCAUCCUGCUGUAGCACCCUGGGCUUCUUCUGACUUCAACCAGCAGGACCCUUCAGCCCAGACUCUGGCCUACGCACCGACCCCCACCCGCACUGCUGAUGUGUACAUGCAGACUCUAUGUCCAAGCUAUACCAUGCUGACCUACACACACACACCACUGCUCACUAACUUUGGGCCCAUACCUGUGGCCCCAGCACAAGGCUCCCUCCCGCAGAUGGAGCUCCCAGACUCGGCGCUGACCUACCUCCCCUGGGCCCAAACUGGGGUCCAGUUUGCCUCCGGCUCCUCAGCCCUGCAUGGGUCCCCUCUGGUCCACAUGCCGCUGUCCAUGUCUCUGGCCACCAUGUUCCCUCAGCUGGAGGCUCAGGGUUUACAUCCUCCUCAGCCACAGAUACUGGAGAUGCCCCAGCGCUCAGAACACCAACUGGACCCUGAGCCACAGGAUGAUGAAGGUCCAGGGGCGGAGUCAGAGUCACCAAGUCUUCUGGAUAAACUUCUGGAGGAACAAAAGGGUGAAGGCGAAGAAGAGGACAAAGACUCGUACAGCAGCUCGAUUUUCAUUCCAAAUGUCUGAAAAUAUAAGCAAUCUGUUGUCCAUAGUGAGCAGCAUCUUUGUCAACAUUAAACAAUAUACAUAUAUGUUUUUACAACUUAAAGGGGACCUAUCAUGCAAAAUGCACUUUUGUACGUCUUUUAUACAUGAAUAUGUGUCCCCGGUGUU